CAGACUGAUCCGUCUUGUUUUGGGCUGGUCAUCUGCACCACUCUAAUCAAGAACCUUGGGUUGUGUCGUCUUUUCUACGUCAGUGUGUCCUACCUGCAGUAACUAUCUGCGAAGGAAGAGGAGGAGAACGGGUUUUUUUCAACUAAGCAAAAAAGGAAUACCAGCGACUUCCGCACUCGCUUCAGUCCUCUGAUCCAAAAUGGAAUAAAGGAAUGAUAAUGACUUUAGAAACAUCUGCCAACAAAACAAUAUAGUACAGUACUGUACAACACUGCAACUCACUGAAGGAAUUGUUUAUAAAAAGUUUAUUUUUAGUAUAGAAAGUUUUUAAAUCAGCCUGAUUGUAAUUUGAAACCAAAACGCUGCAUUGUCACCUACAGGGUCCUGGGAAACGCUCGGUGAUUUUUUUUUUCAAAGACAAGAAAGAGAAGAGAAACUUGACAACAUGGAACACUUUUUCGACAGCUUUUUUGUCCUAUCUACAAUUUUUGCUCUUUGUCUUGGACGGAUAGUAAAGGUCCCUGCUGGUCCCUUGAUCCGAGUGGAAGGUAGGGACAUUGUCAUCCCCUGCAAUGUCAGUCACUUUGACGGUCCCCCCGAGCAGGAUUUCGACUGGGAGCUGACCCAGGACUCAGGCUCUAAAAUGCAGGUGGUCAGCACGCUUGACUCUUCCUUCACUGAUAAGUCUUACGAAGGCAGAGUGAACAGUGGAGAGAUUGCUGUGGAACGAACCAGUGCCAGCUCUGUAGUUCUCAAGAUUAAACAUGUGAAAUUAACCGACAGUGGGAAAUACAAGUGCCUCACUCCCAGCACAGACGCCUCAAUUAGUGGAAACUAUGACGCGGAAGUCGAACUAAGAGUUAUUUCAGACAGCCUGAAAGUAGCAGCACCACAAUCUAGAAGUAAAACAGGAAGUAUAACAGAAGGCAGCUCCUUUGACCUGCGUUGCACAGCCUCACAAGAUUCCGUGGAAGGCACCCGUCUCUCGGUCACCUGGGAGGUGAGAAGAGGUGCCGCUUCUGAGAAGAUCCUCUCCCUCAAUCCAGAUGGAGGGGUUAUGGCUGGAAGUGACUACAGCCAGCGAUACCAGGCCGGAGGUGUGCGCUUGGAGCUGCUGGGCAACGGGGUAUACCGCCUGGUGGUCUCGCAAGCUCUGCCUACAGAUGAAGGCACCUAUGUCUGCGUGGCCGGCCAAUGGGUGAAAGACGAGAGUGGUGCCUGGAAAAAUAUCCUGGAGAAGAGCACGGACGUGGGAGAGGUUAAAGUGACGCCCAUUGCGCCAUCCUUAAUGGUUUCAGUUGGAGGAGGCAAUGUUACCUUAAAUGCAGACUCGACACUUGAAUUAACCUGCACUGUUGCAACAGCAAACAGUGACGCCAUCCGCAUGGAGGUCACAUGGUAUGUCAGCCCUACUCCCGGCGCAGACCAGGGUAGCUCACGAUUGCUGGUGCACAUGGACCGUGACUCGGUGGUGAAUGGAUCAGACGCCGUCACUGUCAGCCGUGUAAGUGCUGACACCACCCGACUGGUGUUCCGAGAAGUUGAAAAGACAGACACAGGGUAUUACUUCUGCAAGGUGGUCGGGUGGAUGCCACAGUCUGGCGGGACGUGGUACAAAGCAGCGGAGAAGACCUCGACAUCUGUCCGCGUGACAGUUACUUCGUUAGAACCUACCUACAGUGUUCUCCUUAGCGCCCCAACCACUCCACAUUUCUCAGAUGACCCAACAGAGCUGGAGUGUAAAGUGACAGAUGUUCAGAAUGCAAAUGGUACCCGCAUGACUGUUUCCUGGCACUACAGGAAACCCACACCCGCUGACCUGCCAGUCAGUGACGACCUGAUCGCCACAAUGGACCAGAACUGGGACCUACAGGCUGGGGAAAAGUACAAGGAGCGGGUGGGGAAGGGACACAUUGUUCUCACCAAGCUGGACCCAGCCGUUUUUAAACUUCAAGUCCUGCACACCCGAGACACUGACAGGGGAGAGUAUUUCUGUACUGUAUCAGCAUGGGCCCAAACAAAAGAUCACAGCUGGGUAAAGACAAACGAUGUCUCGUCCACAAUUCUCCCAGUAUCCUGGGAGCAGGAAGAUCCAAGUCUCACAGUUGUUGCUACGCCUCUUAAAGCUGUUUUUUCUGGGGGAGACCCCUUUGAGAUGGCUUGCAAGGUUACUGGCAAGAAACUAAAGAAUCCAAAGUACUCCGUGCUCAUUAAUGUGGAGGAGCCUUCCAGCAGGAAGAUCAGGAAGAUCAUGUCUAUGAGUCAGGACUCGGUGACUCGUCUGGAGGAGUGGAACGAAAAGGAUCGCCUGGACAACGUAGUCCUGGAGAAAUCCAGUGCGGACGAGUUCCGCUUUAGAAUGUAUUUAACUCAGAUCUCAGAUGCUGGGUACUACUACUGUGAGGUCACAGCCUGGACGCCUGAUGCCGGGAACACAUGGAGUGAGGCCACCAGGGGUAUUUCAAACAAGGUGAAGAUCGACUUUGAAAAUACAGGUCCAGCGUUCAACGUGUCCCUUCAUUCAGACAAACUGACGGUAUACCCUGGGCAGACUGUGAAAAUCGAGUGUGUCAUCACUGUUCAAGGGGCAGCGGCUGGUACAGAUGACAUUUCCUAUGAUGUGAAAUGGUCAGUGAGCACAGAGGACAAAUCGGUCUUCCUCGUUUCAAUGGACCGAUGGGGUGUGAGGACGCUGACUCCACGCAAUGGCACCAGCGAUUGCAGUCUGGAGAGGAUCAAACCCAGGACGUACCGCCUGAGUAUUCACAACACCAAGGACACUGAUCGCGGGAGCUAUCACUGCUCCGUGACGCCCUGGCUCAAAACCUCCGAUGGAGCCUGGCAGAAAUCGCUGGAGAUCCAGUCUGAGCCUGUUCACUUAAAAGUGGACUUUGCAAUGUUGGAAUCCCUGAAGUACCCCUUGCUGUUUGGAGCUACUGCUGCACUUUGUGUUGGGCUCCUGGCCAUGCUGAUUGGUUACAUUGGUGCUCGAUUCUGCUGUAAGAACGCUUUGCAAGAUGACAUGAGGGGUAACCGGCGGUUAGUGUCCAUGGAAAUGGACUGAGCAGGAGAGAAAGAAGCCAAGAACUGGACAAUCCGCACAGAGCCCUAGCACCCAUCUAAACAAAGUGACGCCUUUAAACUGUAACCCUUUUCUCCAAGACUCUGAUGCAGAAAAAAAGGCUCCUGCAAAUACAUGUUCCAUUGCUGUUGCAGAACUAGAAAGAGACGAUAUUCCAGUCCUUGUGUGCUGCUUUGCUGACAGCUACAGAAAUGCAGAUUGAAUUAAAGCUGGUCAUCAGCCUUCUAAUUGCCUGCUGCUCUGCGGCUUUAUUAAGGGGGGAAAGAGAACCACUUCUUGAUUAAAAGAGACUUCUACCUAUGAAUGAAUGUUGCACAAGACUCAGGAACUGUUUCGAUGGGAGUUUUGGAACACCUUCCCUCAUUCGAAACUGACUAAAAUUACAUUUUGUAUCCAAAAGAUUUAUGAGGUUUAGUUGGAAACACAAGAUAUCUUGUUUCUGGCUCCCCGUAUCGAUCUCACAAAGAUAUUGAUACCUACCAAAGGGUAUGGAUUUGACUUUGGUUACAGUAUUUCCAGUCUUUUAGAUUGUAACAAAAUUGUUCAUCAGGAGAUAAUGCAAAAGCAUGACUAUGAAUGUUGAAGAAUAUUGUAUCAAACGCCUGCUGUUGCAAUGCUGUACAAAGUGUGACCUUUAGAAAGAAAAAUACUGAAGACUAUUAUUCCUGCAGUCUGAUCUCCACAGUAAAACAUUUUCUUUGUGUUGAUAUUUGGAAUUAUGUGCUGAGAAUGGACCCAAAACAGAUAUUUUAAUAAGAUUCUACUUUUUAAGAGUGAAGAAAUGUAUUUUUUUUUACAAGCCUUUCUCUCUGUUUCAAAGACUCACUGGUGCAACUAAAUAGUUACUGUUUUAAACGUUGUGCCUUAGUGAAGCAGUUUUUAAAUGAAAAAAAAUGAUUUGGCACAAAGAUGUUAACUUUUACUUUCUGGUUUUAGCAUGGCUUUUUCAUUUGAAGAAACAUGCUGGUGUGUUUCGCAUCUGCAGGUGGAUAUAUUGAUGACUGGGAUUGAGUGCAGUUGUUUCAGAGUGGUUAUUCAUUUUGGACUAUAGGCCAGUUGAUUAAAAUAUAAAAAUUUUAAUAAAAAUAUAGCAGAAGAUUAGGUAGCUGAGUAGCAAUGGCUCAAGUCAAACUGAAGUUAUAUUUAUUAUUUUUUUUUUGUUGAGUGUUGUGUUCAGAUUACUAGGUUAUUACUGAACAAAAAGCUUAAUUCUAAAAUGAACAUCUGGUCAAUAGCAUUAGUGAAAAGCCAUCUGGAUAUUCAAGCAAUAAGUAUGUAACUGCAUGUUAAUUUUGUAUUGAGAAAGACAUGCCUUUAUAUUGCCAUCUGACCAUGUAAAAUUAGGGGGUAAAGAAGGAAAACAUAUAAGCUUUAGAAACAAAUUCAUCCAUUGAUUUGAUUUUUACAAAUAUUUUGUUUUAUUUAAGGAGCUUACUUUUUUUUUUUUUUGUUGUCUUCGGAUUUAUUAAACAGGAUAAGAUUCUUCCUAUUCUUAACUUGUGAACUUGGGUGUGAGUGGGGUUCCAAAAUGUGCAUUUUUUAGGUACUGGAGAUAAAAUGUGUCGAUUGUAGAGGCAAGCUGUGACAAUGCAGAAUCUCUCCAAACUUGGCCUCCUCAGUUAAGGCCUUCUAAGAUCCACCCUCACUGCUGUGCCAGGUUUCUGUUACACCCAGCUGACUUCAGUAUUACUCUUUGUUUGUUGUGAGCGGAACCUGUCAAAUGUGGUGUUGAUUAUAGACCUGGGUCUGAGCUAUGAGCUGGAUUUCCUUUCAUACCCUCCCAAUGGGACAAACCACAAAGCCACCCAUUUACCUUUUACUUAUUUUACACGUAUGUGUUUUUUUUCAUUCUUUUAACGAAAAGCUUGGUUGGGGGGGGGGGGGGGUUGCCCAGGUGCUCGUCCUGGCCCUGGCCCUGAAUGUGAUGUAAAUUAUGUUUUUGUUUUCAGAACUAUCUUUUAAUGCUAGUGUUUAAAAAGGAUACACUGUGAUUUUUCUGAGCUUAUGUGUGUUUCUUUAUUCUUUUAAAUGAACAUUAGGUAUUAAUCUGCUACUUGGUAUAGUUCAAUUUUAAACCUGUGACUGUACAUUUAGAGGACAAGUUAGGUUCAAACAAAAACUUGACAAACAAACAAAACCAUGUUGAACUGGACUGGUGAAUAAGUAUACACAGCCUGCAUAAGAGUCCUAGCCAGUGGAAAUAAAUGCAUUGGUACUUUACCCUUCAACUGUAUGCACGUUGAUUGAUUCGUAUCAUCAGUUGAUUAAACCCAGAGAUGUAACUUUUCACUUUUUUUUUGUUUCAAGAUUCAUCUGUUGGUCUCCUUUACAGGGGUCUCUUGUGGAGACUCUGGCUCAGGGGUUAAACAUGGGCCUUAGGAAUCCCUGUGACUGUGUCAUGAUGAUGUAUGUGUGCUGGAAAUCAAACCAAAUGCAAAUAAAAUAAACUUGUUUUUUUUCCCCCCUUCUAA